AUCCGUGUUCACCCUGCAUCCUGAACUAAAGCUGCCGGUUUGACCCUAUGCUUUGUUUUUCCCUUCUCCACACGGAGAAACUCCCUUCCAACUGCAUCAACUUGCAGUUCUGCUUUGAUGAUCGACCUCAAAUGAUCAUCAACUAAGCGGGUGAGAGAGCAAAGACAAGGCAAAAAGAAUCAAGGAAAACGAAAAGGUAAAGAGUUAACCAGGCUCGGGAACAACAACAAUCAGAGGGUCCCGAUGGAGCUGUGGCACCACCCCCACCACGCUAAGGACUCUCUCAACGAAGCACCACCCAUCUCCCAUCUCCCGACUAUCCAGCUUGCAUUCUAUCCGGACUGCACGGCGCACCCACUCCCCGCCACCACUACUGCGACUUUUGCAGAUGGCAGCCCUCCGGCUUCCCCCCCCCCUGCCCCAGUGAUGCUUCCGGAAAAAGACCCUCUGUCGAUGUCCCCGUCCGCCAGGGCCAUUGGGCCCGUGAGACGUGGUCCAAUCAGAAGAGAUGCCGUUGGGCAGUUCGUUCAUGACGUCCCCAGCCCCAAGCCCGAAAAGUAUUGCUCAACAAUGUUCUAUACCACCGGGAAGUGGAUUCGCUACGAUACGUUGCCUCGCAUUGAAUCCAGAAUGAAGCCCUCAUCUCGUUGGCGUAUCGGUACAUUCGGGCCUUUGUCGCUUUGGUCACUCAACUCGCCCUUUCCAGGCCCUCUAACCUAAUUCAACAGGGUUUGCUUUUGAGCCUUUGACCUGACAUUUUACAUAUUCCCCCCCUCCGUUUCACAUCCUGUGCUUCUUGCAUUGCCCCUAUUUUUGGUGCUUCGUUCAUUCGUCUCUUCCCCCCUUGUCCAUUUUCGCCCUAUCUAGAACCCGACGGGAGUAUGUCAUAGUUCUUCAAUGAAAAUUUAUACCCCCCUCUCCCUCCC